GGAGCAGUCGCGGCCGUCGUCGCCAUGGUGAAGUUUCUGAAACCCAACAAGGGCGUCAUUGUCCUCCAAGGCCGAUACGCCGGUUGCAAAGCGGUGAACGUGAAAUCCUUCGACGAAGGCACACGUGACCGCCCCUAUGGCUAUUGUUUGGUUGCCGGGAUAAAGAAGUAUCCCGGCAAGGUUAUCCGCAAGGAUUCCGCCAAGAAAACAGCCAAGAAGUCACGCGUUAAGUGCUUCGUCAAGCUCGUCAAUUACCAGCAUCUGAUGUCCCCGCGCUACACCCUCGACGUGGACUUGAAAAACGCGGUUUCCGUCGACGGUCUUCAGACCGAGGACAAGAAAGUCGCCGCUUGCAAGGCAACCAAGGAGAGGUUCAAGACCGGAAGGAACAGGUGGUUUUUCACUAAACUUAGAUUUCAUGCUAAACUACAUAAGUAA